UGAUUUCUCUCGCUAGAUGGCGCAGAAGAGCAAGUGAAUACUUGUUUUACAUGUCUCUUGCAGUGCUGCUGGUUAGUAGAGGCUGACAAGAUACAGUCAUUGCUCUGAAAAUAUUGGAGAAUAUUUAGGACUAUCAGUUCUCUAUGAAAGAACCAGUACUGGUGAAAAAUAAAGACAGCAAAGUGCACACACCUGCACUUGGGAGGAAGCUGACAGAUAUACACAAUUUAUCUUUAAGAAGGGUGGUGGUGGGUGGGCGCGAGGUAAUUUACGGGGCUAACGUGUUACUGUAGCUAGCUGGCUGUUGCCACUUAGUUUGCAGCUGUUGCCUUGUAGCUUGAGCUAGCUAGCUGAGUAGCAAAGGUUAGCAAGCCCACUAGUUAUCUUGGUUGCACAAAUGUCAGCCUGUAUUAUAAAUGGAGAUGGAUAAUGAACUUAAGAAAUUCAUCCAGCAGCAGAAGGCCAGAGUGGCAGAGGAUACAGAAUCCACUUUACCUGGAAAUAAGGCUGAGCAAAUUAUUGCAAUUUUCUGACCUGUGGCUGGAUCAACAAACAAAAGAUCACAAGACCUAUGACCACACACUCAAGGAAAAUAUCCCUCCAUUUACGUCGUCCACAGCACAAGGGAAAGAGAAUAAUUGUUGUCUAAGUUUACCUUUGGGUGAAGACUAUGAGAGGAAGAAACAGAAGUUACAUCAAGAGCUCCGUCUGGACUACAGACACUUCAUGGCUCAGGACCAGAUUGCCUUUCUCAGAGCUCCUCCAGACCUCCCUGAUGUUUACAACAGCCCCAGACCCCUGGUGCACCCUAAGAGGGCCCCCUCUAGGAGAGACGCAGCCACACUGACAGAAGGCAAGAGGGGGCUGCACAGGGGAGGAAGCUUCCUGGUGGAGGGCCUGUGGCCUGAGGAUGAGCUGCUCCUUCCUAGAGAGAGGGCCAGGCUGGUGAGAGUGGACUAUGACUCUGAGGAGGACCUCACAGAGGAAGAUCUGGAUCUUAUGGAGAGGAGGAGGCGCAGACAGACGGGGUCUGAGAGAGGAGAAGAGAGGAGGCGGCUAAGAAGACACUACAAAACAGACUUCAGGGACAUAUCAAGGCUCAGGGACAGGAGAGUUGAGCUGCCUGACGACUACACAGAGACGAGUCAUUAUGCAGACAGGAAGGAGACUAACGGGUCUGUUGUUCCUGAUGAGGAUUAUUUAGAGGCACGCCAGGGGACAUCAUCUCCAACCCCCAAACCCAAGCUGCAGGUACCAGCAGGGAUGGGACCCAGUGGAAGAUCCAUAUCCUCUACCAAGAAGGACGAGCCUGAAUUUGCUACCGGACUAAUGAUUGGGGCUGAAGAUGCAGAUGCUGCCUUGCAGAGAAGGAAGGAGAUAUACAGGCAGGAGCUGCAGGAGCAGAUAGCUGAACAGCAGAGGAAUAAGAAAAGGGAGAAGGAUUUGGAGCUCAGAGUUGCUGUGACAGGGGCGACUGACCCGGAGAAACAGGCAGAUCGGAUCAAACCGUUUGGAGCAGUGAAUGGUGGCGACCAUGCCAGAAAGAGAAAAGACAGCUGGUACCCACCAGGCCAAGGUGUGGACAUACCAGGGGAUGAGUUGAAUAGGAGACCCAGUGAGGAGAACCGAGAGAGGCUUCCCCCUGAGCAGCCCCGCGUGGCCUUCCAGUCGCCCCUGCUGGAGUACAGCCACGCCCUGGGCCUCAGCAGUGGAGGCAUCUCCCCUUACAGCCAGGCCAUUCACAGGAGCAUGGACACCCCCAGGAUUCCAGGUUUCCUUCCUCAUCCACCAUCCACAUUGGCAGAUGCACAAAGAACUCCCUAUGAUGAGGCCCAUCUCUACUAUGGCGCAAGGAAUCCACUGGACCCUAACCGGGCCAACUAUGGUCAGAUCCCGCUGACAGGAGGGGGUCACCCUGUGUCCUACCUGAGCCUUCCUCCUGCAGGGCCUCAUCCCAGCCAGAUGGGUCAACACAGCCAGCACAGUGGGAGCAGCCAUCCAGAGCCCCCUCCACACAGACCUGCCAGUGACGCUGCUACCAUGGGUUCAGGGAUUGGAGUAUUUCCCGCUGAGCAGAUCAAGCCAUCUAAAGAGAGUGUGAUAAGUUACAAGGAGGCACUGAGACAACAGAUCCAGGAUAGACAGGAGCGGCGGAGGUUGGACAGGGAGGAGAGGGAUCGCUACGAGGCCAAGCUGGAGGCUGACAUGAAGAACCACGAGCCCUGGGGGAGAGGAGGAGGAGGAGCACCUCUCAGAGACAGCAGGGGCAACCUCAUCACCGAUCUGCACCAGAUGCACAAGCAUAAUGAGGAGGCCUACAUCAACCCUGAGACAUGGCAGAAGAUGGCGACAGCCACCAUGACAGUACUCCGAGAGGAGGACACUACUAGACCUCCCUCCACCCACAGAGUCUCAGGUUUUGUUCAGGCUCCUUUGUUUGCCAGAGGCAGUGUUUUUGGUAACCGGCCCACACCACAGCAAGUCCACGAACAGGACAAGCACAAGGCUUACCUCAAACAACAGAUUGAAGAGAAGCGGAGGAAGGAGGCGGAGGAGCGAGAGAGCCAGAGGCUGGAGGAGGAGAAGGAGGAGAAGAGGCUGGCUGAGCAGAGGGAACGCAUCCAGAGAGAGUAUGAAGAAGAACAGGACAGGAAGAAACGCAAGGAGAUGGAGCAAAAAGCAAAGAAUGAGCAGCUGAGCCGUCUGGCUGAGGAGCGAAAGAAAGAGGCAGAGAGAAAGAAGAAAGAGGUAGAGGAGAAGGAGAACUCUGCCCUGAGGAAGCAGUAUGAGAAGGAGAGACAGGCUCGUCUAGAGGAGGUACCAAGGGAGCCGUCUCCCCCUAUCCCCACCCUCCAGAAGAGGUAUCAGGCUCCCCAGUACACCCCCAGACCUCCGUCCAUGGACAGCCGUCGCUCUACUGCCGUCCCCCUGUCUGAGCGUUCUCUAUCAGGGCUCCAGUCCCCUCCAGUCCCAGCCCGCAGGAACCAGCUGAGAGCUGCCGAGGACCAGCGGGGUGUGAUCAGUGAACUGUCAGUUCUGCGCAGACGGCUGCGGAGCGAGCAGAAACGUCUGGAGGUCCAGCUGUUGCAGUCAGAGUGGGAGGAGCUGGACUCACCUAUGAGUGACAGACACAGGGACCGGGAGCGGCCCCAAGUGGAUGUGUUUGACAUGGCCAGACUGCGGCUGCAGGCCCCCGUCAGGAGACCCUCCUCCAGGAACGCAGAGCCCAACUACCUGCAUAGAAUCCAUGACUCGCUACAGCUUCGAUACAGAGACGUUGAUUCCAGAGAGGAGGAAGGCCAUGGUUACUGUGAGCCCCCUAGGGACCGAGCUGGACAGAGGGUGGACAUCCAGAGACAGGCUGAUUACAGGGUACAGCAGCGCAGGAUCCACAGCCUGAGGAAACCUGUUGACGAUUGUUUUGACCUGUCACCACCCCAGCAACAAAACCAUUAUUUGAGGAAUGCAGUGGGGGAUCCUAUGAGAGGUUCCCUGUUGGAGUCUGACAGUGCAUUCAUUGAUCCCAUGGGUGAAGCCUUCCCAGUGGCCUCCACACCUGAGCAGAAGCCCCAGCUCUCAGCCAGGGAAAAGAGGAGGCUGGCCAAGAGGGCAGACCUGCACAAUGAGAGGGUGAGCUCCAGAGAGCCUGUUGGCCAGCCAGAGAACUACUCCCACCAGUCAGAGGCCAGUCUCAACACUGAGCAGCAUGACAGAGGGCGUAACCACCAUAAGACCAAGAGGCUGCUGGCUAUGAGCCACAACGGCCUCGGAACAGCAGACCUGUCUGGAGAUGAAGAUGCCUCUCCGCAGGUUUCCCCUCGCGCCCCAGAACCCUGGGGCUCUGUGGAUACGGUUGCCAUGGAGCCGUGGAUGAGACCAGGCACCUCAGAGACUCUGAAGCGCUUAAUGACCGGUCAGACUCCCCGCAGGGAAAGGCUGACCAGCAGAGAGGCUGCUGUCCAGGACUGGGAAGGUCCCUCUACCUAUCAUGGCUAACCCCCCCCCCCUUAGAAAGGGUCAUUCUAAGCACUUUGGUGUUCCCGUACACACUUGGGUUGUACAACUUAUGUUCAACGCAAUUGAUAUAACAGCUGUGUUAGACCUGACAGUUUUUCUGCACAAAAAUAAUAACACAAGCAUUGUGGAGACUACACCACCAUUGUACGGUGUAAACAUUUUUGUGCAGACAAACUGUUGUAUGACAAAAUAUAUAUAUAUUUUUGUAUUGCAACUUGUCAAAUGCGUUGUACAACCAAGUGUGUAGGGGGCCUACGUUUGUACACUGCCGUCACUUGGCUUGAUGCAACUACAUCAGUGGUCAUGCUGGCAGAAUCUGCAUGAAGAUCUCUACAGAGAAGGAUCAUCUGCUUUAGCUUCUAGAUUGAUGUCGACUAACUUAGCCCUUUGCUUUUGCAGUGCUUGACUUGUGUAUCAUGGUCUACCUCUGAAAAUGCCUCUUGUUAAUUUGCAAUGCAGAAUUAAGCUUCUUGUGAAAAACGCAUAGAUUGUACUUUCAUGGAUGGACCUGUAAUGAAAAAUAUGCAGAUUAUUCUGAGAAUGGUAGGCACAGGGGAGGACAACUCCAUUCCUAGAAGGACAGAGUGUGCAGGCAUUUGCUCCAGUCAAGCACUAUUGAAGUUGAUUAGUUAAAUCAGGUGUGUCUGAGCUGCGCUGGGACAAAAGCCUGCCGGUUGCCAUCCUCUGUAAGGCUUAUUGGAAAGAGUGAUCUAGGGUUGCCUUAGCCUGUAGACAGAUGUCCUGAACUGAUCCCAAGACUAUCUAUUCAUGAUUUAAAUUCAUUGUAUAAUAAUGGCACUACAUUUAAUGUAAAUUGUGUUAAAAUAUUUUCAUAUGUACUGUGUGAAUAUGUUUGGCCUAGAUGUGACCUCAUUUUCAACCUAAUUAAAUUAUUUUAGAUAAGGAA